CCUUACAUGUGCAACAACGAGUGUGACGCCUCCACAGAUGAACUAGCCCAUCCUCCGGAGCUCAUGUUCGACUUCGAGGGCCGCAACCCCACAACCUUCUGGCAAUCCAGUUCAUGGAAUACGUUCCCCAAACCCCUGGAGGUCAACAUCACACUGUCCUGGAACAAAACUAUCGAGCUGACGGACGACAUCAUCCUCACCUUCGAGUCCGGCCGCCCUGAGCAGAUGCUUCUGGAGAAAUCGUUAGACUAUGGUAAAACCUGGACCCCUUACCAGUUCUACGCUACCGACUGCCUCGACGCCUUCACCAUGGAGCCCAAGACGGUUAACGAGCUGACCCAGCGAACCCUCCUCGACAUCAUCUGCACCGAGGACUACUCCCGAGGCUACGUGUGGAAGUACGAUAAAACCGUCCGCUUCGAGAUCAAGGAUCGGUUCGCGCUGUUCGCCGGACCGCGGCUGCACAACAUGGCAUCGCUGUACGGUCAACUGGACACCACCAGGAAUCUGCGGGACUUCUUCACGGUGACGGACCUGAGGAUACGGCUGCUGAAACCGGCCACCGGGGCCACCAUGGUGGAUGAGAACAACCUGUCCAGAUACUUCUACGCCAUCUCUGACAUCAAGGUGCAGGGCAGAUGUAAGUGUAACCUGCACUCCAACAGCUGUGUGUUUGACAAGGACAAGGGGAAGCUGGGAUGUGAGUGUGAACACAACACAACAGGACCGGACUGCGGCCGCUGUAAGAGACACUACCACGGACGACCCUGGAGUGUCGGGUCCUACCUGCCCAUUCCCAGAGGAACUGCUAACAUCUGUGAGUAG